GCUCAAAGAAAAAAGAGAAAGACGCUCAUACGCAUGCGCGUCUAAAGUCUACGUCAGCUCUUCUCUAGCAGUCUGCGUGAACGCGACGUGGCCCUCAGUCCUCUGCCUGUCUGCUCACCUAACACGACACAACCCGAUCAAAUAAACAUGGACCAGGUAAUGCAGUUUGUGGAGCCCAGCCGGCAAUUUGUCAAAGACUCCAUAAGGCUCGUAAAGAGAUGCACAAAACCCGACAGGAAAGAGUUCCAGAAGAUUGCCAUGGCCACAGCGAUUGGGUUUGCCAUCAUGGGUUUCAUUGGUUUCUUCGUCAAACUCAUUCACAUCCCCAUCAACAACAUCAUCGUGGGCGGUUAAAUCCUCAUCAAGCAAAAACAAACUUCAAUACCUGGGCUCAGGAGACAUGGUGCAAAGCGUUUUUGGGAUGGUGUGAUUGGGGACUGAAGGGAUGGCAUUUUUACAUUCUGUGCAUUUGUAUUUCAAUGUGUAAAUAAAACCAAUGGAAAGCCGGA